UGCCUUGCUCAGCUGUCUUGUGUCAGGAUAAUUAGCCUAGUGUCAACGUGGAAGAAGUUUCAAAAAACAGAUUAUCAACCUGAAUUUUAAUACGCAACGUUAGACGAACCACCACUUCUAACGUCGUUCAACUCGAACAGAAGUAACUGGCAUCACCGACGGAAGCGAUAAACUGGCGUAAAUGUCUCCUGGGGUCCGCCUUUGACCGCGCGUGCAGCCCUGCUUUGCUAACUAGAACAAGUUGUUCUUCUUCGGUUAAACCAUGGACGCGGUAGUCACAUUCACAAACCAAAGUCAAGGAAGGGACCGUAUCUUCAGGGCAACUCAAUAUGCCUGCGCACUGUCGAGAUAUUUACUGCGAAACAACUCGGAGAGAAAGGACCUGGUUGCGAAACUUAAAAGUCUGGAAACCAACAUGAGCGCUGGAAGAAAACUGUUCAGGCUGGGGAACACAAUAAAUUCCAUUGAGACUGCUAAGCGAACCAUGCAACUCUCUGACCGCGUGCUGUGCCUGUGUCUCACUGCGGUCAACGUGAGCCGCGCCCUCUACUUUGUCUGUGACAAUGUACUUUGGGCCAGAAGUGUCGGCCUUAUCCAUGAUAUCGACAAGGACCGCUGGAGCCUAAACUCCUCUCGCUGCUACUUCUUCUCACUAGUUAUGAGUCUGACCAGAGACGUUUAUGUGGUCCUCCAGUUAAUGGCAGAGAGAGCAAGAGAUACACACUUUAGGCAGAAAAUGCAGAAGCAUCUCAAUGAGAGUCCUGAGGUGGCCGAAGCUGUGGUUCCCCAGCUGGAUGCCUUUCUCUUUCUGCUGUGGGAGAGCCUAAAAUCACAUCCUGCUGUUGCCUUGGACACACUCAAAAAUAUAUGUGAUCUCUUCAUUCCCCUAGAUAGGUUGGGUAUAUACCAGUCAAAUGCAGGAGUGGUGGGAUUUUGUGGUUUGAUGUCCUCAGUUAUUGGAAUUUUAACCCUUGCACAGCCCAGGUUAAAACUCAAACCAUGAUGAUAAGUGUGGAAAUUAGGCGACUAACCACGGGCACCAAACUCAGGUCAGCAAUAACUGAAGCCAUGACUUACUUGAUUUGACUGUUUUGUAACAUAUAUUUGAUUAACCGUUUGAUUGAACUAAUAACAUAUAAAUAUGCUUUUGAGACACAAAAUAACAUGAACUGGGACCAGUUAAAGUUUAAAACACUGGGUUAAAAGGGAGCAAAUCAAGUUUAAUUAGUAGCCUUGUUUAUUUUUUAUUUUUUUGUAAUUUAAAAGAGCCAAGGCUAAACCUGUGUGCAUAACCGUCUUCUCCAACGUUACAUACAACACCAGCUGACUGUUUUAGUACUACUGUAAAAAUAAGGGCUCCUUACUUUUUUGCACUUGCUUUUGCUUACCAAAAGUAAGAUCUUACUGCCACUUCAAAGGAAGACUGUACACACAGAAAUGACCAAUUGCAUAUCAAUUAGUCUGAUCAGCAGUCAAAAAAUGAGUUUUUGUUUAGUUUGUUGUGUUUGUUUAGGGUUUUUUGGCAGAGGAUGAAUGUCAUUACAUUGCAUUGCUCUGCUUCUGUUUGACAGGGCUUUAUCAGGUUAUGUUUAGUAGUUUGAAAGUCUAUAAUCCUUUGUCCAUGAUAGUAAAAAUUGGCACAUGCUUGGUAAUGUCACAAAAAGUGCAUAAAAAGUUAAUUAAACCCAACAUCUCGGAAGUUUGAGUUGGCCCGCUCAGCGCCUCUUCUUUCUCUGUUUAUCAUGAUCCUGCUGCUGCGCCUGUCACUCACACUGACAGGAAUGAUCAUUUUACCCAAUGGUUAUUAGAAGGUUUAUUGACUGAGAAGGGCCAUUCCAGUGUCGGUGUUAGCAGCACCGGAAUGCAAACACAUGAGCCCCUAGAGCUCUCCGAGUGGAGCCCUGUCCUGCAGCACAGAGCAGGUGAAUUUUAACGUCUGUCAUAGUGGGGACACAUAUCAUCUCAGUCACACAACAAAAUUUAACUAGUUUAGAACACUGGAUACAGAUUAUUGUACUCAGUAACUGUUUGAGUUUUUUAACUUUUAACAAAUCAUUUAACUUUUAACUGACGCUAAAACUGUCGGGGUCGGGAUUCUGCGCUCUCCCUCACCUGGCACUGAAGGUGUCUGUCUCUCCUGACGCUGAAACUGUUGUGGGUUGGCUGCAGGCACAUGUUGCCCCCCCAGCUGAAGCUCUGAUUAUUCACUGUUGAUCAAUGCAGGUCAGCCCUAGAAACCUCUAUGCUCUCUUAAAAGUCAGACUCCAAUUCUAACAAAAUGCAUAUUUGGGAAGUACUGAGCAUACCACUGGAUAAUUGAGACUUCAGUUUUUAACCUGAUGUCUAGAUAUAGUUUUGCCUGUUGUUAAACCUGGUCCCCAAUGAAUUGUACACUGUUUUCCUUGAAGUCAUGAUAGAAAAAAAGUUUUCCUCACAAAUCCAAGGUAACACAGUAAGACUAAUUGAUUUACAAAUGGUCACUUUGUGAUUGAAGUAUUCCUUUAAUCCACUGUCUUUCUCUGCUCUCUGUUUCUCUGUUUUGUAAUGCUUAAAGUUUAACUUCUAUGACUCUAGUGAUGAAUAAGGUGCUUCCAGAGGGGAAAAAGCAGCUGGGAGAUUUCAGGGGGUAGGCCUUUUCCACAGCGGGCAUUUUGAUUUGUCAUAGUUGGAAGAUGUUACUUUUAACAGGAUGGUUCUGUUCUUUUAAAGUGUCCCAGUGAGAGUGACUGUGAUGUGCCAGCAUGCUCAGUAUGAGGAUCCUGAAAAUUUCUGUGCUUUUCCUCCUGUGACAAGUCAAAAUAUCUUCUGUGAAAAAAAGCCUAUGCCAUCUAUUUAUUUUUAAUUCUGCUUUUCGGGACUUUGACUGUCAGAUUAUAUGAUAUGUUCUUUUAAAGAAAGUGUUAAAAAAAGAAUUAGAGCAAAACAACUAUGCAUAACAUGGGCAAAUAGACCCACAAUAAUGUGAUUACAAAAAGAUUAAAAUCUUAAUAUAUUGUCUAGGAA